GCAUAUUCUCACAGCGGGUAGCAAGCAGGUGCUAAAAGCAUAUAUUGCGGAAUGGCUGGAAUCGGUUGUACAGAAGCCAAUUCUGCGCCUCGGUGUCAGAAAUCGCUUCGUUCAACACGCAAAGGCUCCAGCCAGGCGACCCAUUCGUCAGACCCGUCAGGCCAUUCAACGGUGUUUGACGCGGCCCCUCAUACACCUGCUCCAUCCCCCUUGGGGCGACGUGCAGCGAAGCCCAACAUCGACGACGUCUCGGGCGAGGCGAAGCGAGGCGCCUUUUGGGCUCCAGGACUGGCUGCUUCAAGGGCCUGGUCCAUCAAAUCGCCUUGACAAGCCGCCAAUGGCGUCGAGCGUGCUUGGACUCGGGUAGGCACUGCUUAUUAGGUGCUAAGUAGGUCCCCUAGUUGUGUCACCACCCAGGUACUAGGAGCAAUACUACCGCUAGCCUGGGAAUGAAGAAAAACGCCCU